AUGGCGUACUAUCGCAGAACCAAACGGAGUGGUUACGCAGGCAGAAGAUACCGGAGGUCGACUGUUGGAUACAGUCGGUACAAGAAGAGUGCUCGAGUGAAGAGCGCUUAUCCGAAGAGGACGAGGACUAAAGUCUUUCCGGGCAAAGGGAAAGCCAUGGGACAGCGCUUGGAAGCGUUGGAGAAACAGAGCCUGGGAGAGGCUACAAGCAUCGCGUUCGAUCCGGUGACGGGCGCGUCGGUUUCGUUCUAUUCAGCCGGGGAUCGGCGAGGCCAGAACUACUGGGAAGUUCCCAUUAGCUCCAUGUUGCAGUGCUACAUGACGCAGCAACGGGUGUCGAAGCUCCAUCUCACUGGUGUCGCUGUGGAAGGCGACGUGUACGCGAAUGCGGACAUUGAGCUGUUUGCCAUGAACAUUAUCAAGGCGCUGGGGUCGCCUAGCCAAGUGGCUCUCGUGCCAGAGGAGAAGAGAUAUGGGCUUGGGUACGGCAAUGUUGACGGACCCUUCUUUCUAGGCCGCGUGAAGGAUGAGCGAGUGCGGGAGCUCGCUAGUGUUGCCUUUGAGGCACCUAGUCGGGACGGGACCCUUUUUGGUGCUCGGUUGCACAGCGACAAGUCGAGUCGCUCUACGGUCUGCGAGAGCAGAGUUGACGGAGGCAAGAUUAACCUUGCUAAGAACGGCAGGUCCGCCUUCGAUGUCACCAUACGUCCUGUUGGCACGUCUAUGGCCUCUUCCGUGCAGAAGAAGUCUGUCCGAUGGUAUUGGCCUCUGAGUCAAACCGUGAAGGUGUUGUCCGUGGGGAAGACGGGUCUGGUGGAGAUAGAUUACAGCUCUGUGCUGUUGAUGGGUGUGCGCCCGAAGACGGAGCUUGCCGUGCCUGAUUUGAAGGUUGAGCAGGGCGGUGGAGGUGGCGGUGGUGCCGCCGGUUCUUUGAAUUGUUUCCGGGUGACAUUGACCUUCCGUCAGAAGGUGCUGUGA